AGAGCAGAACACACACACACACGCACGCACGCACACACACACACACACACACACCUGCUCUGUACAGACGUUGGUGUUCUUCAGCCUUAAUUAAUUUGAGUUUAUUUAGGCUGCAUUUGCCGAUUUAAACCCUAGCUCUUUAGAGAGAAAUGUCGGUUCCCAUUCUCAGUAAGAGCAGUAAGAGCACCGCUCGUCACAACCGGGCGCUCAUCGUGUCGGUGGAGAAGUUCAGCGCACGUGCAGAACUCGAAAAGCGACCCGGGACAAAAAGGGACACGAAGCGCCUGCACGCGGCUCUGAGCCGCAGGGGCUUCCUCGUGAAAAUCCUGAUGGACCCGGACGCGGAUGAGAUCAUCGAGGCAUUUAAAGCAGAGAGUGAGCAGUCAGUGCACAGCUGUUUUGUGGGUGUGUUAUCGAGUCAUGGAGACAACGGAGUGAUAUUUGGAUCAGAUGGACGCCCUGUAAAACUUGCACAAAUAUACUCACAAUUUGGAGGACCAAACAUGGCUGCCAAAAACAAACUGUUCCUGGUCCAGGCUUGUCGGGGCAGCGAGCUGGAUGAUGGUGUUGAGACAGACACAUCAGAAGACUGUGGACAGUGUGAAUAUCAGUGUGAAUAUCAGUCAAUCCCAUGUGACACAGUUGUUGCUUAUGCUACAGUUCCAGGUUACAGUGCCUUCAUGCACCCGAGCGGCUCGGUGUUUAUACAGACGUUCUGUGAUCUGGUGGAGGAGUGUGAGGGGUGGGAGAUCACACAAUUUCUGACUCGGCUGAAUCGGCGUGUAGCCUUUAAGUUUGAGGCGAGAGGAAAUGAGCUCAAGGGCAAAAAGGAGAUGCCGUGUUUCAUCAGCCGCCUUACUUCUGACUGUUAUCCAUUCACCAACACGCUCACAGUUUCAGCCACAGAGCUGCUCCAAGGCACACACACUACUCGCAAAAACUCUAUCAGCUGAACUUAUACUUGAGCUAAACAUUUUGUUCAGUAGAUCUUUAUGAGGAAAUUAAAUUUCAUGUUGGUGCUGAACAAUGAUGAAAAAUGUAAUUUUAUGUUGGUUACUGUGACUACAGGAACACCAGUAUGGUGAAUUAUAGGGUUAUAGAUGCAAUAUUAGAGGGCAUAUAGAUUUGUGGCUUAUUGCCUGCAUGAGCAUAGCAUUGGUCAGACAGUGUGUUUGCACAUAUUUAAGAAAUGCUGUACAUUUUACAGAAAAUGUUAUACAUAUGAUACUUGAAUGAACUUAGUACAGUUCAGUCCAAACCUUCCUUAAGAAAAUUGUUGUUAUGCAUUGUUAUGGAUGUGAAGUCAUAUUUUGUUAAUAGAAAAAAUUGUCACUGUUAAUCUGAGUAGCUCAUUCAUAUCUACAUUACAAAAGACAUUGGUUUACCUCAUCUUACCUUCCCAUUCAUAGACAUGUUCAUUUUAAAUUGUCAACUGCUGGUACAGGCAAUGAGUGCUGACAUUAGCUAGCUAGCUAAGUGGUUCAAUCUUGUACCCUAAAACGCCUACUGUUAUCAGAGCUAAAAACGUAGAGUCUUUACAAUGAUUUGAAUAAUUUGAGUCCAUUCACCGAUUGAGUCCUUCACUGAUUCGUUCAGUUGAAUAGUCUGCCCAAAUGUGAAGACUGAUCCUGCUGCCAUCUGACAUAUACAACCACCGAUUUAAACAAUGUUAAAAUAGCUAAUUAUUGUUGUUGUUUUGUAAUGUACGUGUACAUCCAUGUUUAGAAUUUCUUUUUCACACUCAGCUUAGCAUUGCUAUGGCAUUCACAGAAAAUGUCCAUCUUAGGUUGAAUGAAUUUGAGUUCCAUACUCAUUGAACUUGCUCAACUGGCUAUAAGACAAGUGAAUUUUGUUCAUGAGCAAAAGAGAAGCAAAUCCUACUCAUGACUGAAAGGAUUUACUGACUCAAGGGGCAUGGAUCAGGUUCAGGACACAUGCAAUUGCAAAUAAGAUUUUAAAAUUCAUAUAUGUUAACAAACACACACAUUAAUGACUUAUUAAAAAGGUAAUUACCAAGUUAUUCACAAACUAAGUAUAUCUAAGUGUUGCUAGUUGUUCUUGUUACAGUGUGAGCUGGAGCUUGCAUUAGGUUAAUGAAAUCACUCCAAAGAUUUUUUUUUUAUUUUUAUGUCAGAUCAAUUGAAGUUUUGUUAAGUGGGCAUGCAAAAAGAUAGAAAUUGUAGAACAAGUUUGUCAUUAUUACAAAAAUAAAACAAUGUUACUUCAAA